AUGUCCACCACGACUGUGAUCACUGCCCCCGCGGUGGAGCUGCAACCCGGCAGUGAAACGCCGCCAACCGAUGCUUCCGAAAAGGAGCACGGCUCCUCAGAGGCUACUCACCAGUACGAGAGUCCUCAGGGCCCGCUGCGAGAUGUUCAUGGCGUUGCUUGGGUCCUUGUUGUGAUGUCGAUUUUCUCCUGUGUCUUCCUCUUUGCACUGGACAAUACGAUUGUGGCAGAUGUCCAGCCGGCCAUUAUCAAUGAAUUCCACAACUUAGAAAUGCUGCCAUGGCUCUCAGUAGCCUUCAUGCUGGGAGCAGCUAGUACCCUGCUGGUUUGGAGCAAGGGAUAUGGACAAUUUAACUGUAAAUGGCUCUAUAUUAUUACGACGGCCAUCUUUGAGGUGGGAUCGGCCGUGUGUGGCGCCGCCCCGAACAUGAAUAGCCUCAUUGUGGGACGUGCAAUCUGUGGCUUUGGAGGCGCAGGCAUGUACUUGGGUGUGAUGACCAUCCUCUCCAUGUUGACAACUCCCACGGAACGACCCAUGUAUCUAGGCAUGACGGGGCUGGUGUGGGGUACAGGCACAGUUCUGGGACCCAUUAUUGGUGGAGCGUUUACAGAUAGCGCUGCCACAUGGCGGUGGGCUUUCUAUAUUAAUCUCUGUAUUGGAGGCCUUUUUGCCCCUGUCUUUUUCUUUAUCAUACCCAGCGUUGACCCCCGUUCGGGGGUUCCCAUCAAGGCGCGGCUGGCAGAAAUUGACUGGCUCGGCCCGAUUCUCUUUAUUGGUGCCUACGUCUCGGGCAUCAUGGCGAUUGCGUUUGGUGGUGCCCCCUAUCCCUGGAAUGACAGCCGCAUUAUCGGCAUGUUCGUCUGCUCUGGGGUGCUUUUUAUUCCCUUCUUCCUCCAGCAAGCGUCCAUGCUGUUUACUACCUAUAGUGGUCGGAUCUUCCCCUUGCAAUACCUCAAAAAUAAGGAAAUGAUUCUGUUAUUUAUCGAGACCGCCGCGGCCGGCACUUCUUCUUUUGUCCCUAUAUACUUCAUCCCCUUGUACUUCCAGUUUGUCCAAGGAGACGGUGCCCUCCAAGCCGGGGUGCGCCUUCUUCCGUUUAUUGUUCCCAUGGUGGUGUUCAAUCUGGUGAAUGGGAUAGCCAUGAGUGCGUUGGGGUACUAUAUGCCAUGGUAUCUUCUUGGCGGGGCCCUGGUUCUGGUGGGCGUCGUCCUACUGAAGAUCACCCAGCUGUCCACUAAUGUGGCCCAGAUCUACGGUGCUCUAGUGGUGGGUGGGAUUGGGACUGGGGUCUUCUCGCAGGCUGGGUUCUCCGUGGCCCAAUUUCUGGUCCCGGUGGAGGAAAUUCCCAUGGCCGUCGGCUUUAUGGCCUGUGCCCAGGUUGGGGGAUCUGCGAUCGCCCUCUCGAUCGCCAACACGGUGUUUUUAAAUCGAGCAACUGUCCAGAUCCGGGAUCUCCUUCCGCAGGAGUCCUUGGAAAGUGUGCAGGGCAUGAUCUCAGGCGCGAAUUCGGCCCUCCUGAACUCGUUAGAUAAAGAUUUGAGAACCGACGUUCUCAGUGCGAUUGUGAACUCGAUCACAGAUGCCUUGGUGUUGGAUCUGACGGCCGGAUGUAUUGCGGUUUUCCUGCCGGUGUUUCUACGACGGACCAAGAUGAGCCAUACCUCAGGUGCUAUAGGGGGUAUGUAG